UCAAUGAAGCCCUUUUUUAAUGCAAUUGUUAAGCCAGAAUUGCUGAAGCACCAAGAUAAAGAUGUCAAGCUUCUAGUUGCAACCUGUGUGUGUGAAAUAACUCGAAUCACUGCCCCUGAAGCUCCUUAUAGUGAUGAUAUUCUAAAGAUCUCUUUACAGGAAACCUUUCACUUGAUUGUGGGCACUUUCAGAGGUCUAAGCGACACUAAUGGUCCUUCCUUUGGCCGAAGAGUUGUUAUAUUGGAGACUCUUGCAAAAUAUAGAUCGUGUGUUGUAAUGUUAGAUCUUGAAUGUGAUGAUCUUGUGAAUGAAAUGUUCAGUACUUUCUUUGCUGUUGCCAGAGAUGAUCAUCCAGAAAGUGUACUGUCCUCCAUGCAAACUAUAAUGGUGGUUCUCUUAGAAGAGAGUGAGGAUAUCCGCGACGAUCUUUUAUCUAUUAUAUUGUCUUCAUUAGGUCAUGAAAAAAAAGAUGGUACUAUGGCUGCAAGGAAGCUUGCUAUGAAUGUCAUACAGCAAUGCAUAGGAAAACUUGAACCCAGCAUUAAACAGUUUUUGCUAUCGCUAAUGUCCGGAGAUGACAAGCUGGUGAACAGUCAAGUUGAAUAUCACGGUGUUAUCUAUGACCUAUAUUGCUGUGCUCCUCAGAUGCUAUCUGGAGUUCUCCCUUAUGUGACGGGGGAGCUACUGACUGACCAGCUGGAAACCCGUUUGAAAGCAGUGAAUUUGGUUGGCAACAUAAUUACUCUUCCUGGAUCUUCCUUUCCUGAAGCAUUUCAGCCUAUAUUUUUAGAAUUUUUGAAGAGGUUGGCUGAUAGAGUUGUUGAGGUUCGCAUGUCUGUCCUUGAGCAUGUUAAGAACAGUUUGUUGUCCAGUCCUUCUAGAGCUGAAUCUCCUCAAAUAUUAUCUUCCCUAUGUGAGCGGCUACUGGAUUUUGAUGAAAAUGUCCGAAAGCAAGUUGUGGCUGUUAUCUGUGAUGUAGCAUGUCAUUCACCGAAUGCAGUUCCAAUUGAAACUGUGAAACUUGUUGCAGAACGUCUUCGUGACAAAUCUCUACUUGUUAAAAGGUACACAUUGGAGAGAUUGGCUGACAUGUAUAGAAUUAUUUGUGAGAAGCGCUCUGACAAUGUCAAUCUUAAUGAAUAUAACUGGAUUGUUGGGAAGAUCCUUAGAUGUUUCUAUGAUAAAGAUUUCAGGUCAGAUAUAAUUGAAUCUGUUCUGUGUGGGUCCCUGUUUCCUGCAGAGUUUUCAGUCAGUGAACAUGUUAAGCAAUGGAUUGGGAUUUUUUCUUUAUUUGAUAAAGUUGAGGUCAAGGCUUUUGAAAAGAUGCUGGAACAGAAAAGCAGGUUACAACAAGAGAUGCAGAAGUAUCUAUCUCUGAGGCGGACAAGUCAGGGUAAAGAUGUUCCCAUGGUCCAAAAAAAGAUUUUGUUCUGUUUCCGAGUGAUGUCCCGUUCAUUUAUUGACCCUAUAAAGGCUGAAGAAAGUUUCCAGAUUCUUCAUCAAUUAAAAGAUGCUAAUAUCUGGAAGAUUUUGACAAAUCUUGUGGAUCCAAAUACUAGCAUUGACCAAGCUCGUGUUUACCAGGGUGAUUUGCUCAAAAUUCUUGGUGAGAAGCAUCGCCUCUAUGAAUUUCUGAGUACUUUUUCUGUGAAGUGCUCCUAUAUGCUUUUCAACAAGGAGCAUGUAAAAGCAAUUCUUUCAGAAACAGCUGCUCAAAAAUCUGCUGAGUGUGCUCAGCAUAUACUAUCUUCCAUGAAUAUACUGGUGAUGAUUGCUCGUGUCAGUCCAUUUCUUCUUACUGGCAGUGAGGAGGAGCUAGUGAAUUUACUCAAGAAAAAUGAUGAUUUGAUUAAAGAGGGUGCUUUGCGUGUGUUAGCCAAGGCUGGUGCUACUAUUUGUGAACAACUUGCAGUUACUUCAAGUUCUGUAGAGCUUAUAUUGGAGAGACUAUGUUUAGAAGGUAGUCGGAGACAGGCCAAGUUAGCUGUCCAUGCACUGGCUGCAAUAUCAAAGGAUGACAGCCACAAACCUCUCUCUGUUCUAUACAAGAAACUUGUAGAUAUGCUGCAACAGAAACAACAUCUGCCUGCAGUGCUGCAAUCUCUGGGAUGUAUUGCUCAGACCGCAAUAUCUAUCUUUGAAACUAGAGAGGGUGAAGUCAAAGAAUUUAUUAUAGACAAGAUUCUGAGAUGUGAUAGUAAAGAAGAUCGCACGCGAGAAUCUUGGGAUGAUAGAAGUGAUAUUUGUAUGUUGAAGAUAUACGGCAUUAAAACCUUAGUAAAGAGCUACUUGCCAGUUAAAGAUGCCCAUGCUCGUCCUGAUAUAGAUGGUCUUUUGGAUAUCCUUAGGAACAUCCUAUCUCAUGGUGAAAUUUCACAAGAGCUACAGUCCAGUUCAGUUGAUAAGGCCCAUUUAAAGCUUGCUGCUGCAAAGGCAGUUCUUCGUUUAUCGAGGCUGUGGGAUCAUAAGAUACCUGUUAAUCUAUUCCACCUAACUCUAAGGGUAUCAGAGAUCAGCUUCCAUCAAGCUAGGAAGAUUUUCUUAAGUAAAGUUCACCAAUAUAUAAAAGAACAUCUUUUGGAUGCCAAAUAUGCGUGUGCUUUUUUGUUCAACCUAUUUAGAUCUAAGCCAGAGGACUUUGUCGAGGAUAAACAGAACCUGGCUGAUAUUAUUCAAAUGCUACACCAAGCAAAGACACGACAGCUUUCUGUGCAAUCAGAUGCAAACUCCUCAACAACUUAUCCCGAAGGCAUCCUUCCGCACCUAGUUCAUGCACUUGCUCACAAUUCAUGUCCAAAUGUUGAUGAGUGCAAGGAUGUUGGAGCAUAUGAUAAUAUAUACCGGCAGCUGCACUUAGUUAUGUCAAUGAUACUGCAAAAAUAUGUAGAUGCCAAGUCAGAAGCAAUGACUGACAAAGAGAAUGAAACAAUAUCUACCAUCACCUCUAUUCUUGAGAAUAUCAAGUGUUCUGAAGAUAUAGUUGAUUCGUCAAAAUCAAAGAAUUCUCAUGCAAUAUGUGACGUUGCGUUAGCAAUAACAAAGCAAUUGGUGCCAAAGGUUGUUGAUUCACAAGGAUUUUCCCCUUCAGUUCCUCUACCUCCAAUGCUGUACAAAGCAUCUGACAAGGAAGGAGAUGAAACCGUGGUAAGUGAAGUGAAAACCUGGUUGGCUGAUGAAAGUGUCUUGACUCACUUUGAAUCUCUUGAACUAGAAGUGGUUCCAUCUAAGUCUGCUGAUAAUGAAACUUCAAAGGACAACGAACAAGAUGAAACUGACAUGCCUCUGGGAAAGAUGUUGAAGCGCAUAAAAGCUCAGGCAACAAGUGGCAAAAAGGUGAAAAGGAGUAAGAAUGUUACAGCUGAAGUGGAAGAUGCUGAAAAUGAUGAUGAUAUCUUAACUCCAGUCAAACAAAAUAACUUGGAUAAAUCAGGUGUAUCUACCAAUUUUGAACCUAGUAAUGGUCAUGAACAUUCUUUGAGUACGAAUGAACUGAAGAAUUCAGAGUAUUCAUCAUCAAGUAAAAAACGAAAAGCUGGAGAAACUACACCUAUCUCAUCAUCUAAGAGUAGGCGGUCAUCUACCUCUACGACUUCUCAAAGAGUAUCAGGAGAAGACUUUCCUGAAGCUGAAUUAAUGUUGAGUGCAGGAGUUGAGCCUGAUGGAAAAAACAAAAGUAAACAGAGAAAAAUGGUCAAAGGCAGUGACAAAGACUUGUUAGUCUCCUCAUUAAAACGAAAAAAUAAGCACUCUGAUAGCUAUCAUAAUGAUAAGUCUGACGAACCUGAUGAUCAUGAAAUGAAGAGUUCCCAUAGUUUUAAACAAAGUAAUAAGAUGUCAAAUACAGCAGGGUCUACAAAAAUGGUGAAACGAAAAAAUACAGCAGGAUUGUCCAUGUGCACAAUGAAGGAAGAUGAAAUUGAUACUGAAGAUCUAAUUGGUUGCAGAAUUAAAGUUUGGUGGCCCUCGGAUAAGAAGUUUUAUGGAGGCACUGUUAAGUCUUAUGACUCACUAAAAGGAAAGCAUGUGAUAUUAUAUGAUGAUGGUGAUGUGGAAAUACUCCGUUUGGAAAAAGAGAGGUGGGAGCUCAUUGACAAGGGUCGCAAGACUUCUAAGAAGUUCAAAUCCUCUUCGCUUGAAGUGUCUGGGUUCAAACAUAAAGGUUCAAACAUAAGGUCCGAUAAAAGAACAAAAAAAAGUAUAAUUGGUAAACAAUCUCCGAAAAAGCCUGUAAGACGUGAGCAACCACAUGCGUUGAAAAGUAAUUUCCAUGAGGAGAAUGUAAAAAAUUCUUCUGAAGUAUCAAAUCCUGAAGAAACUACUAGUGAGAUGGACUCAGAUGGUUCAGAAAAGGAACUGGCUGAAGUGUCUGAUGAAGUCAUAACAAAAAAGAACGAGUCUAAGAAGAAAGCAACAUCAACUUCAAGAGGAAGGAGGCUUCAGAAAAAGAAGAGCUGGAGUCAUUUAGAGGAAUCAGAUGAGGAGAAGCAGGAUUAUGGUGAAAGGCUUUCUGAUGACAAUGUGAGCAUCCCACAAGGUGGUCAAGACGACAUUGAUGGCGAAGAAAGAGAAGUGGAGCAAUCAAGUGAAGCUUCAAAAGAAAAUGAUCAUGGAGAAGAAGAAUCAGAUUCUGAAGGGCACCAGGAUAACAGCAAUGUGGGAGGUAGUCCUAUACAAAUGGAGAAAUCACAUAUAUCAUCAAGCCUUGAUGGUGCCGGGGUUGCUGAGAUUUCUGAUGAUGAAGCUCCUCUGAGCAAAUGGAAACAUCGGAAGACAACGUCAGGGAAAAAACGGUGAGCAUUGUAGCAAAUAUGGACAGCAGCACUAGCAGCAGCAACAGAGGUGACAGGUUUCAACAAGAAUGAAGAUGACCCCCAACUUGGAUGAUGGAUAUCAUAGUUAUUAUUAACACACCAUAAAAUAUAAAUGUGCUUAGCAUGCCUGGUGAUUACUGGUUAAUGGCCAUGGCCAUUUUAUACAAUGUAAAAAGAAAAUAUUUAGCGCGCAUCUAGGUUCAUUAGGAGUAAGUUCAUGCUAAAUGAGAUGACCUUUGUUUUUGGUACACUGCUAAAUGAUCUUGUAUUAGGCUGAGGAAGUUAUAGGUUUAGCUUUAGCAUAUGAUUCAUUACCGACUCUGGCUAUCAACAAUGUGUACAGCUAUACCUAUACGUGCUGGAUAAUUAUGUUUGCAUCUUUAGCAUCUU